AUGGCGCAGAGUCCGCCCGGACGGGCACCGAUCGUCCCAUCGACGAUGCCCGUGAGCGAUGUUUUUAGUUCGUUCUUCGCGCGAAGAUUCUCGAGGAAUUCAUCACAGGCAGUUUCGGCUACUACUGGGAAGGCGGGACCACUUCAGCUUCGUAGAGCCGGUGCUCCAGCGCGAAAUGAUCACCCGGAAAAUUGGCGCAUGUUCAUGGGAGGCCACGACCCCGCCAGCCCGUUUGCUGAAGGUCUAAUCAAUGUACACAACCACAACGUUAUGUGGAUGAUCUUUGUUGUGGGUUGCGUCAUGUGGCCCCUCAAGUGCAGAAUUUGA